AGUGCAUAAUGCUAAAGAAAACCCAGUAAAGUUGAACAAAAAUACAAACACCAAAGAAAUCUAAAAUGCCAGAAAAAAUAUGUUAAAAAAAUCUCAGAAAAAAAUCUGAAAAAUCAAAAAUAAAAUUUCCAAAGCAAAGAAAAAACUUGUUUAACCCGAAAAAAAUCAACAAAUUCUGUAUAGAUUAAAAAAUAACAAAACUAACCAAAAGUAAAGUGUUUCCCCUUACAAAAAAAAAAAAAAAAGAAAUGCCCAAACUGUGUCUAUAGUUCAACUCCAAUGUGCUGUUAACGAAUCGUGUCAUAUAUUUGUUGUGGAUUUCUAUACCUAAACAAACAUUCAUUCAUCUUUAACUCGAGCAACAACACCAAAAGAACAUUUAACUUCGUCUCACCACAAACAACACAGCUCAUAUGGAUAUCUUGAACACCAUAUUUAAUGCAAAAGUAACAAUACAAUGCUAACAAAGGAUAUGUUGGAAUGACAAUGAACAUAGAAAAAAAAAAGAAAUAAACUAUCAAACCCUCACACCAUGGAAUAGAGACGAACUAAACAUAUGAGACUCAUAUCUUGAAGAUAGCAGCAAUAACAGCAAGAGAAAGAAAAGACUAUGAAAGCAAAAACUAUAGAAAUGUAUUUGUGUUGGACUUGUUAAGAACGCAAUCACCAGGAAUAAAUUCUACUCGAAAAGGUCCUUAGAUUGCUGCACCACACACACACACGCACAUACAGAUGGUCCAAAGUUAGAUAAAAGUGAGCAGGGUGCAGAGAAAACAACAGCCAGGAUUCCUGCCAUAAGGGACACCAUUUGUAAACAAUCAAUAUAAAGUGCAGAGAGCUAAUGCAUUUCCAAACGAUAUGUCCUUUUUCACCAUUACCGUUACCGUUACCAUGGACAAACGCAACAUUGGCAACAGCUACAGCAGCAGCAACAGCCUGAACGGAAGUCCUAAUAAAUAUCGCAUGUAGUUUGUGCAACAUGUGCAAAAGGUGUCAUAGCGUGAAGCAUAAAAAUUCAUAUGACCAAUUCCGACAGCAACACAGUAAUAAUAAGAACAACAGAAAAACAACCAAACUCUUAAAAACAUACCAACUCAGCAAGGCAAAUAGAAAGAGAUUGCUCACACCCAUACACACACGCAUCCACUCAAAUAUUGAUUUUGCAACAUCCGGUUGUUAUAAGAAAUAUUAGCAACAUACAAAACGUGUGUUUGCAACAAAUCCAGUACACCCUGACAGUAAUGUUUCAGCACAUUGUCAUCAGUGAAACAGUUGGUGGAAGCAGGAGCAACAGCAGCCGAACUCUAAGGGACCCUCUGGCCAUGGGCUGGGGGCAAAGCUGAAAACAAUAUUGACAACGCCAUAACAAUUUCGAAUUGGUUGUCUAAAGCUGUGAUAGCUGGCAUUCAUUGCAUUGUCACAGGAGUUUAUAAGGCCAACAAAUUGCAAACAGGACAAACAGGACGAAAAACAAAAGAAAACAGGACAAAAACGAAACAAGACAGCAACAAAUGUACCAAAUGUGAAGAGAGAGAGAGGGAGAGAAGUUGCAAAAGAAUUAAAAGUCUGACAAUAAACAUGGAAAAUCUAUGAAAAUAUUGCCAAGUAUUAAAAAUCGAAAAAAAUUUGGCAUACCAACAAAGGACACUUUUGCCCCAACUUACCAUACCUAGCCCACGAAACCCCAAGUGGGAUCCGGAAGUAUAAAUUAUAUAUCCUUGACAGGCCAUCAUUUUUGGCACAUUUUUGUUUUGUUGUUGCUGGCUUAAACAUACCAUCAGGUGGGGCCAUCCUAGCACUAGCACUUCAUACAAAACGUUCAAAUAAAUCCUGGUGCGUGUUUGUGUUGAAAUCGAUAUAUUGUUCAUACGAAAUCAGGCAACAGCUGCGAGGGAGGUGCAAUACCAAGCUACAAAUAACAUUCUCCCCAUACCAUAACAAUUUGGGGGCUUCAUCAGCCAACGGCCCUUCGGGUGUGUAAACGUGCACUGUACUGCUCUGUUAUUUUUGGUGUUUUUUUUCGCGGGCUUUGGUUUUUCAAGUGGAAUUUUGGAUGCUGUGCUUUCAACAUUUUUGUUUCAACACCUUGGCAUAUUGCCUGGCGGAUCUCUUGACAGCCGCUUGAAAAUCUUCCACACACCAGCACCGAAAUCAGAUUCUUUGUUUGUUAGCAAUUUUCAUUGCAAAGCCUGUUGGUAUUGCUGUAGCAGCAUAGCAAAAAAAACCAAAAAACCAGCUCACAUCUUGUUAAGAACGUAGCCCGCUACAAAUACAUCACUUGCCACACAGCUACAAGCAACCUAUAGUACAGUGGUCGGUCAGCCAUACUCCUGGUUUUAUCAUCAUCUUCAUCGUCAUUGUGCGCCUCGGCCAACACACACACACACACACCACAUUCGAACGCGCUCCCUUAAAACUCCCCCAAAAAGGUUUUUCUUUUUACUAAAUGCUUUAAACUAUAGUUUCGCUUCACCGGUCUCAGGAUUCAUACGAAUGUUAUCAGUAUGAAAGUGAAUUGUGUUGCAAUUUGCUUGUCAGUUGCUUUAACGCUCAAUAUCUCAUUGAUGUUUAUUACACUCCAUCUGCCCAACGCCUUGGCAGAUGAUUGGUCACAGUCUUGUGCCUCAAAUUGUACCUGCAAAUGGACCAAUGGCAAAAAGUCAGCCAUCUGCAGUUCGCUGCAGUUGACCACCAUACCGACCACGCUGAGCACCGAACUACAAGUGUUGGUGCUCAAUGAUAAUCACAUACCAUAUCUGAAUCGUGAGGAGUUCACCAAUCUGAACUUGCUCAAUUUGCAGCGAAUCUAUUUGAAAAAGUCCGAGGUGCAAUAUGUCCACAAGGAGGCGUUUAAGGAUCUCAAGAUAUUGGUGGAAAUUGAUUUGUCCGAUAACAAAAUCGAAAUGUUGGACAAAGAUACAUUCAUGGGCAAUGAUCGUCUGAGAAUAUUGUAUUUGUUUGGCAAUCCCAUAAAGAAAUUGGUGGCCUAUCAAUUUCCUAUAUUGCCUCAUUUGAGAACAUUGGAUCUGAGGGAUUGCCUGAUAAGCUACAUAGAUCCCAUGGCUUUGGCGAAUCUCAAUAUGUUGGAGUUUCUGUAUUUGAAAAAUAAUCUGCUGGAGAGUCUCAGCGAGUAUGUCUUCCAGCAUAUGGGGAGCUUAAAGACGCUGGUCUUGGAUGAGAAUCCCUGGCAAUGCAAUUGCAAGUUGCGCAAAUUCAGAUCGUGGUAUGUCAAUAGCCGUCUGAACAGUGUCAGCUUACUGUGCAAGGGUCCGCCACAACACAAAGAGCACACCUGGGACCAAGUGUCGGAGGAGCAAUUCGGCUGUGGACCCAAAGUGGAGAUAUUCAACAAUGAGGAUGUACAAAACAUAGAGAUUGGCAGCAACACCACCUUCAGCUGCUUGGUCUAUGGGGAUCCCUUGCCCGAAAUAUCCUGGGAGUUGAAUGGCAAGAUAUUGGAUUCGGACAAUGUCAUGUUUGAGGCAGAGAACAUAGCCUCGGAUAAGCUAUGGAAUAACUUGACUGUCUUCAAUAUGACCAGCUUGGAUGCUGGCACUUAUGUCUGCACCGGCACCAAUGUGGUGGGUGUGGCCUCCCAGAAUAUCAGCAUUUAUCUUACGGAAAUUGUGCAGCAUGUUCUGGUCAAGACGCCAGAGACGUUUUGGUAUUUUGGUCUAAUCAUGGGAACCUUUGGAACCGUCUUCCUCUUGAUACUCAUAUCAUUUGUGGUGUGUCUAUGCAAGAGAACCACACGCCAGCGUAGGCAUCCUAGCAAGACGGGCGUCAAGCCCAGCGUCAGCUUCAAUGACCAGGAGAAGAAACUGCUGGAUCUGAGUAUAACCACCACCACCAAUGAUCGGGUGGACAGUUGCCUAGACAACAAUCAUAGCACAGCAACGGCCAUGAGCAAAGCCGAAUCGGUUAUUGGAUUUGAACCCAUCGAAAUACACUCGGUGGAUAAUCAUAGAACAAGUGUUCACAACCAUCAUUCAAUGAUGAUGUCAGGUCAUCAUCAGAUGAGCCAUCAGCAGCAAUUGCAACAGCACCAUGCCCACAUGCCGCCCACAAGUGCAGCAGCCUCCUCCCUAAUGGCCUCCAGCAGGCAGCAGCAAUUGAUGGCUGUUUCCGAUGGAUCCUGCAGUGUGGUGGGCAUACCCACAUCAAUGGCUUCAGCGGUCUCGGCCGGAGGUCACCACCCCAUACCCGAGGAAUUUCCACUCAAUGUGGGUGUUUUUCCACCACCACCUGAGUUCUGCUCCAACAUAGUGCCCAAUCCAGCGUAUGGCAAUAUCUUUAUUAGUGUAUCCGUGACCCAGGAUAUGCUGGAUGGCACCGAUCUCAGCAUGUAUCCCGAUCUGCUGAAUAUACCCAAGAGAAUACAAGACAAUUCGACGGCCACAACGGUCCUCAACAGCAAUGCAAACAACAGUGGCAAUGGCGUGGAAAACGCCAUAUCGCCACCUCCAGCCAAUGCGAAUGCCACCUCUUCCUCGGUGAAUGUCACCUCGUUUGCCACCCUGCCACGCAACAAUCAGCGAAGAGGCAUACUGAAAAAGGACACCUCGCUGCAGCAACAAUUGCCCCAGACAAAUCUCUAUACGCACGAUGAAAUCGUGUCCUAUCACAACUUGGAUACCACCUACAGCCAGGGCUACCAACAGCAUCAGACAGAGCUGAUAGGACUGCCACCGCCUCCACCACCACCUUCGAUCAAAUGCCACCAUGGUCAACAGCAACAGCAGCAGCAGCAGCAGUCAAAUAACGCUACCUCCAAACCUUGUGCCGGCUGUAUGUCUGCCGCUAUGCAAGCUCCUGGAAGUGCCUGUGCCAGCCCGCCCAUUGAUGCCACACCCCUAAGGCCGCUAUGUAAACAACCUGCCGCUGGCCUGGGAUGCCUGAAAUACGACAACAUGGGACGGCGCAUAACGGCCAGCGGUAAUUCCACACUCUCACUGCCCGACGAGGAGCGCUUGGAAAGCGAAACUCUCUUCAAUGAGGGCAGCCCUCGGACAAAGACUCCCGCCUCCAAGAUGAAUCAGGCGAAUCAGCAAAAUUCUAGCAAAACACAAGACUGCCAAACAUCAUCGAAUGCCAAUGCCAGCAUGUCGAACGGAACUCAAAGCAAAAGCUUAACCAAGAACCAGGAUACGGGGAGUGAGUUUGUAUCGCUCUAGUAUUACGGGACCCAAGUGUAAAUAGCGGUAGAAGGUCCACUUCAUCACAAUGCAGUUGAUGUGAUGGAUGAUGAUGGAUGGAUGCAAUGUUAACUUUCAUUGCUGUAGAAAUAGUUUAGUGUAGGAUUAAUGUAGGAUAAUAAAUCAUUAGAUUUAGUUGAAAUAACUUGAAGAAAAUUUAAGAAGAAUGUUUGUUAAAUGUAUAUACAAUUUACAUAAUUCAUAAGUCAAGGGUAUUAAAUGGGGUAGUUUAGAAUGGAUGCAGGAAAUCGUUUAAAGAACCCUACCAACA